CUACGAGAAUGCAUUAGAAAAAAAAUCUACCAAAUGCGUGCAACCAUUCUGUCCAUGAUGCAAAUUGGGUCCUCGAAGGUGAAAGAUUCAGCUCUAUAUGAACGAUGAACCGAUCGAAAGGAAGGAACUUUACAAUCUGUUUCUACUCCGGCAUUUGAAAAAAUAUGGUCUUGGAUCCUUUGCAAUGCGAUCGCAUUUGAGCCCGUCGUUCCCGAGGAUCACCAGCACAAUCUCGCGGUUCAAAGAACUGUCCUGCAACGGGAGUUGGCAUGAAGUGUUGGUCCACUUCAACGAGGCGAAGCGAGCGGGAGUUGAGAUCACCGAGCCUUCUGUGAUUAAUUCCGUCGUCAAAGCGUCUUCAAAGCUAUCGAACGAACAACAUGGGAAGCCCAUCCACGCUUGGUUGCUCAAGCAGGGUCUCGACGCGUUCUCCUCCGUCAGCAACUCCAUCAUGGACUCCUACAUGAAGUGCAGGGACUCGGAAUCUGCCUUGGGCGUCUUCCGGUCCAUGGAAAGCAGGGACUCCGUGUCGUGGAACGUGCUCAUUCAUGGGUUUCUUCAUCGCGGAGAUUUGGGACGAGGGUUGUCGUGGUUUCAGCGAGCCAGGGUCGAUGGAUUCGAACCCAGUGUCUCCACUUUGGUGCUGGCUAUCCAGGGGUGUCGCAGCAUCUGGUUGCUGAACGAGUUAUUUGAGCUACAUGGUUAUAUGAUAAAGAUUGGGUUCUGGGGAUCUGUCUCGGUGCAGAACUCUUUGUUAGGCGCGUAUGCAGACAUCGAUAUGGAGCGUGCAGAGGACAUGUUUGAUGAAAUGCUUGAGAGGGAUGUCAUAUCAUGGAGUGUGAUGAUAGCUGGGUAUCUUCAUAAUGAGGAAGCUGAUCUUGGGUUGCGGAUGUUUGUGAAGAUGGUUUCGGAGGCCAAGAUUGACCCUGAUGAGGUGACUCUAGUGAGUGUCCUGAAAGCUUGCGCUAAUAUCCAGUCUUUGAUUGUGGGAAAGAUGGCCCAUGCCUUUGUGCUCGGGAAGGGUUUGGAUGCUGAUUCGUUCAUUGAGAAUUCUUUGAUCGAUGUGUAUUGCAAGUGCAGAGAUGUCGAUUCUGCAGUUAGCGUUUUCAGAGAUAUGACGGGGAGGAACCUUGUCUCGUGGAACUCGAUAGUCUCUGGAUAUGUUCUUAAUGAGAAGUACUUGGAAGCCCUGUCGAUGUUUCAUUCAAUGGGAAAGGAAGGGAUUGAGGCAGAUGAAGUGACUCUUGUGAAUGUCCUUCAGACAUGCAAGCAUUACGUGGACCUUUCCUGGUGCAAGUCAGUACACUGUCUAGCUUUGAGGAAGGGAUAUGAAUCGAAUGAUUUUCUUUAUAACUCUCUGACUGAUGCAUAUAUAAAAUGUGGUAGAAUAGAGAUUGCCUGGGACCUUUUCAAUGGCAUGGAGGAAAAAGACACAGUUUCAUGGAGCACAAUGAUUUCUGGGCUUACCUACAAUGGGGAGCCUGACGAGGCCAUCGUAGCGUUCAACAAGAUGAUACAUGCUCAAGGGAGGCCGAAUGCCGUUACCAUCAUCAAUUUGCUUGAGGCUUGCUCAGUUUCGGCCGAACUGAAAAGGUCAAAAUCCGCCCAUGGAAUAGCAAUCCGGACAUGUCUGGCAAUAGAAGUAGCUGUUGGAACUGCCAUUGUCGAUAUGUACUCAAAAUGCGGCGCAAUAGAAUCGUCAAGAAAAGUUUUCGACCGAAUGUCCGGCAAAAAUGUCCUCUCAUGGAGUGCCAUGGUAGCUGGGUACGGCAUGAAUGGCCUUGCGCAUGAAGCCCUAACUAUGCUUGCCGAGAUGAAGCUGCACAACAUUAAGCCCAAUGAAGUGACUGCCCUCUCCGUUCUAUCGGCUUGUAGUCACGGGGGCUUGGUCGAGGAGGGGAUUUCCUUCUUCCAAUCAAUGGUCGACGAGUAUGAUCUCCACCGAGGGUUAGAACAUUAUUCAUGCGUGGUAGACAUGUUAAGCAGAGCAGGAAAGUUCGAUAAAGCCAUAGACUUGAUGAGAGAGAUGCCCGAAGGAUUGGAGGCUAAGGCCAGUGCUUGGGGGGCGCUGUUGAGUGCUUCUAAAAGCUUUGGAAACAAAGACAUGGGCAAGGAUGUCGUUCCUCGGAUUCUUGAGUUGGAACCGUCGAAUUCAGGAAACUACAUGCUUGCGUCGAGCAUGUAUGCUGCAGGUGGUUUGUGGAGCGAUGCUGCAAGGAUGAGGAGGCUGGCAAAAGAGAGAGGGAUCAGCGUGGUGGCUGGGUACAGCGCUGUUAAUGUUAACGACAGAUCAUGUAGGUUCAUUGCCGGGGACGAGUCACAUCCACAAGGCCGUGAGAUACAAUCCACGGUGAAGCAGUUGCAUCGCUGCAUGAGGAUCGGCAGGAGCGGCGAUUUGAUGGUCGAAUGCUAAUCCAUCAGAUUUUUGUUAACCUGUUCAUCCAAUGAAGGGCAGCCCAGAUCAUGAUGUAUUACUUAAAAGGCUCUGUUUAAUGCUUGUAGUUUCUCUCUCCCUGGCAGAUGCCGGUUUAAGCCUCACUAAAUCCAACUUCACUUUUCGACCAAAAAAAAAAAUCCAACUUCA